CGAGGGUUUGGUGUUUCGCCUUGUGCAAUAGCCGGCGGAGUAUGUCUGCCUUCAUUGUGUUGUUGAGCUGUGCGAUGCUGUGCCGGAGUGUUAUCGGCGACGACUUGGCAUCCGCGAAUGACAAGAAUGCGAGAGAGAGAGCAUUUGCCGAAGUCUACAGGGCAGCAGCAACAAGCCUCCAUGAUGGUCAGCACGCCUUACUUCGUGGUCAUGCUCGAGACGUAGAUCUCAACGGCCUUGGCAGUCUCAAGAAGACCCCGAAGACAAGUGUGCCAUACCUCGAAAGACGCGAUCUUCAGGAGCAAGUUGCAGAGCUGCAACCUGUUCGAUUUGGCGACAUUGAGGUUGCUGCAAUCUCCAAGUUCCGCCGAGUCUGGGUGGACGAAUUCUCAGGGGCAAAGCUGUACGUGUCUAUUUAUGAGGCGGAUCUGACGGCUGUGGAGCUGGGCCAAGGAUGGAGGGUUCUCGGACAAUUAAUUCGCCCCAACUACAAGGACAUCAGUGGCGUGGGCGUCACAAUCGUGGCAAGAAAUGUGAAUUCAUCUAAUCCCGUCUUGCUCCCACCGGUGGACUACGAGAGGAUUUGGAUAGACUCGGGGUCAGGGGCAAGUAGACGUCCUGUCAAUCGAGCAUUCGAGCACCCAAUGGAUGGGUCGGUGUGGAGACCCCUGCCAGCUCAAGGAUACGUGUGCCUUGGCGACAUGUUUGUGGGAAGUCACACAAAGCCGGCGCCUGGACUGGACCCGAUGGCUGCUCAUGUAUGUGUACGGGCAGAUUACGCCAGGGAAGCAGCCAUUGGAGAGUUUGUGUGGGAUGACCGUGGGUCCGGUGCAACGUACGACUGCGCGCUCUGGCGCAUAGACAACGCGGGGUACAUGUGGAGUGUGGAAAGUCUGGUGCAGGGGUACAUUGCUUGCAACAUUUACGAUGAGAAGCCCGUUCGAACGGUACAUGUUCUGAGGUUGCCCGCAUCCAUCCAAAGCAUGCGAUACGGGGACCUGAUGAUCGGUGCGACGACAUUGUAUGUUCCCACGUGGAACGACCGCGGGUCAAGAUCCAUCAGGGAUGUUGCCUUCUUCUCGCCUGCAAUCAGUCACGGAGACUUCGACCAAGGGUGGAGGGUUCUCUCUCAUCUUGCCGUUCCGCACUACCAAGCAAUCAGUGGUCUUGUGGGGACCAUUGUGGGGCGAAAUGUGGAUGGAAGCAUACCGAUCAUCAAAGCACCAGUUAGCUUCACUGCGGUCUGGACGGACAAAGGGUCAGGGGCGGAUCUUUAUGGGUCUGUGUGGCAUCCAAUCCCGCCGACAGGGUAUGCCUGUUUAUCAGACGUUGUCGUCGACUCGUGGGCUGCACCGUCUCCUGGUGUGGGGCCCUUUGUCUGCGUCGCUCUCGAUCCGUCUAUCGCUAACCAAAGCUACGCCCGCGAGGCUAGCUUCGCCGAUGUCAUUUGGGACGACAUCGGCUCGGGUGCUGAAGCGAAUGUCGCUGUCCAUGCAGUUCAGGUGGGUGUCUAUCCGCCAGACGAGAAGGAGCGCCUAUCUCUCCUUGUGAAUGGCUUCGUUGCAGGGACGCUCUACGCCGGUCUCCCUAGCGCAACACCUUACUUGCUCGAUCUUCCUCCCAUCGUGUACAGGCAGGCAGUGACCGCCGUGGCCCCCAAUGUCACGUCGUAUGAAAGACCUGAUCCUCCGGACACGGCCAAAGUUGUGGACAACGCCGUCGUUGUGCCAUGCGUGAUCGUCAACGACAACAACCACACUGCAGCUUGGCAGGUCGCCACUUCUCCUUUCUACAAGAUCGAGAGGCGCAUCUACUACCACUUGGAGAUGCAUGCCAAUGGCAUGAACUGCAGCUCCGCUGGGGAGAUAACCCAGCAGAUCACCACCGGCGUCAUCACGAACACUACCGAGGAGGUCACAUCCAAAACCAACAUCCGAGCCUCUUCCGAGACUGGCAUUAGUCUUGAGGUGGGCUGGGGUCCCUGGAGAUUUGGACUGGGCCGUCAGCUCUCCACACAGGUCAACUCCGAAAGGCCACUUCUAGAAGUCUCCAACUUGGCCUUUCGGUACUGUAGCAGCUACGACUUUGCCCCUUCAGGAGGAGUGGAGGAGAUUGGAGCAGGAGGAGUGGAGGAGGAGGUCGUAGCAGUAGUGGAGCAGGGGGUAGCAGUACGAGUGGAGGAGGGGACAGCAGGAGCAGUGGUGGAGGGGGCAGCAGUAGCACAGGAUGAGGUGGUAACAGGAGGAGUUGGGAGGAGUAGAGCAGGACGAGCGGAGGAUGUCGCCAUGGUGCACGAUGCUGCCCAUGCCACGGAGGGUGGCGAGGAACACCUUGACCCCCUUAGGCAGCAGUUUAUCACGGAGGAGAUCGAUCCGCUCAUGGGGGGUCUCACCCCGGUUGACAACGGCCCCACGUUUGCAUUGCCGGGGGUGGCAGUGCAUGAUGUGCCACCGGACAUUAUCGAGGAUUUGUGGGCGGAGACGAUCGUUAUGCCUUCAGCUCCUCAACGACCAGCUCCGGAGGAGGCGGAUCAUCCAUCGGAUGCAGAGGAGCUAGCGGCGGCCGCUAGGCACGAUCAGAUUUCGACAGCAGCGACGCAUGCUGUGCAGAAGCGGACUUCACACAAACACGGAGUGCCUCGUACACGCCCCUUGCCUGCAGAGGGAGGCGCAAUACUUGGAGAUUGUUCAGGGGCAAAGGGAUUGGGGAUGCCUCGUGGAUCCCGUCAUCAGGAGAGGGUUGCACAAGCCAGUACGAGGGUUGUUCGGGUGAGGAAGGGAGGCAGCCCUGUCACCAUCGAGGAGGAUGAUCUUGAGACGGCGCCGCCAGUGCGGGAGGAGGACGAGGAGUAUGAGGUGGAGAGCGAGAGUGAGGACGAGGAGAGCGAGAGCGGCCGCUGUGCCGAGGACGACGACGGCGACGAUGAGCCCCCACCUCCUCCACCCAUGUUGCUUCGAGACGCGUCGCUGUGCAGACGUCUUCGCCCGCACGAGGGAGGGGAAGGUCGACAUCCGAUACUCGAAGGGGUAUAAGGAGGCAACAAGGGACGGGAAAGAGGGGUUGAUGACCAUGAGGCCAGCACUCCCCUUUCCUCUCCUUGCACACGACUUC